GUUAUGUUUUAAGCAGCAUGCUUUAAAAUUCUUGAGAUGUAUUUUCGAAAUAAUACAUGACAGCAGUCGUUGUGGAGUGGCGUUUCAGUUAAUUUGAAGUCGGUAAUUGAGUGUAUUAAGUUAAAUUAUAAUGGCCAGUGUUAAUAGUAAUAGUCACAAACAGAACUCAGAUUGUGUGACAGAAGAACUGGAUACCUUUCUUAGGUUAAGUUACUGCAAGUAAAUCUCCGCUUCAUUCAUAGAUGCACAUGAGUUACUGGUUUGGAACUGCUGUUGGUGAUUUGCUGUUCAAGGGGUUCACCAUUACCUCAACAUCAGCACUAGUAAUGACAUGCUUUGGAUUGGCAUCUCUUGCGAUACUGUUUGAAGCCAUCAAGGUAUAUCAAGCACAUGUGAAAUACAGCACAGUACUGGGAGAAGAGCAUUGCCACUCUACCAGGUGUACAAGUGAGAUAUCUCCACUCCUGGGUAAUUACAGGACUGAUGACAGGAACAGUCACAUAUCUCAUUCACACAAGCUCUUCGUUCUCUUGCGUGAGACUGGUUGGUAUGUUGUACAGGAUGUGCUGUCUUACGUGCUUAUGUUGUGUGUUAUGACAUACAAUGGAUAUUUUACAACAGCAGUAUCUCUUGGUGCUGGAGUUGGCUAUUUGGUGUUUGGCCCAGUUUUGAUUGAAAUUGGCAUAAAGAAUGGUGGAAUGCUUCGGCCAAAAAGAGUCUGUCGAGUAUGUGUGGAAGCAGCACGUGCCACAGAAGGCAUACAACAAGAAGAUAGCACAUUACCCGAUGUUAGACAAGAAGAUUCGAUUGUACCUGAAAGUGACCAAGGCCACUGUCAAGAAUCUGUUGCUGUGGUACAUAGAGCUGAUAUGUAACGGCUGUCUGUCCACAUUCUCUAUCAGUUUAUGCUGUAUAUAACUCAGAACAGGUAAUAAAAUAUGUGUUAAGUUUCUAAGCAGAGUGUUCAACAAGGAAGGUGCUGUCUCAUCUACCAUGAUGUCUGUGAUUUACUGAGAUAAGAUGUUUCAGAAUACACUGAAGAGACUGGUUUCUUAAGGAAUGAUAUACAAAAUAUUGGGUCUAAAAGAGUAUGUUUCUAGUAGAGCUGAAUAUUAUUUCCAUUCUGAUGUGUGUGUUUUACAGCAAUAAUUCAUGGUCUUAUAUAUGUAAGGCAUGAAGUGUAGUAAAUACAAUUCCUUGUUGAGGUAUAUUUUUUUAAAAUUUCCAUUUACUGUUUGGAAAUGUUAUACUGUUCUACACAUUAUUGAUAUUUUAUAAUUAAGGUGUAUUUUAUGUGAUUUUAUAAAAAUGGACAUAGAUCUGAUAUGUUGCUGAUGAUGGGUCUUGUGAUAUAUUAAACAAUGUAAUUUAUUUCUGAACUGUUGUGUUCAGAAUAUGCAAGGCUGCUGCUUGCUUAUAAAUGAUUGCAAUGGGAAUAACCAGAUAUAAUUUAAUAUUACUAGAUUUGGUAUUUGAAUGCACCUUAUUCUGAGAUGAAGUGCAUUGUAAUGGAAGUAUAAGCUAUUAAUCACGGUUACUUCUGAAUUUUAUUUUUCUUCGUGUUGCAAGCUGUCCCUUAAAGAAAAAACCAAAGAAGCUAAUCCAAACCAAAUGUCACAUGUGAAUGAUCUAAAAUUGUAUAGGUAAACCAAACCAAACUAAACCAAACCUUGCAUUAACGUUUCCAAAUGAGGUCAUUGUGCUUAUUGCUUUAUCACUUAGUCUCUGCGCAUUCUGAGCUGCUGUAGAUAUCAGAUUACUUUAAGAGUUUGGAGAGAGACAUUGAGGAAUCAUUGCUCCUUCCAAAUUUUGAUUCUCUGUAUUAUGUUCCACUGUUGUAUUAGCAUUCUGUCACUGAAAGUUAUGGCUUGCUGGCAUUGCUGAACAACAUCUGUUACUCCAAUUAUACUAUUACUGACACUAACUAAAGCCUCAUUUGUGAAGGCAGUAACUUUCUACAUUUCUGUCAUGAUUUCAGUAUAUACAAUUUAUUUUUCAGAUUGCAGUGUUGUGGGUUGUGACACCAUGUAGUCUUGUGGGUGGAUACUGAUGUUUCAGAGGAACAUGUAGCUUCCAUCACUAGGACUAAAGUACGUAGGGUGAGGAAAUGGCUCAGUUGUAUAGGCGAGCUACAAGGAAAGUGAUUGCCCAGACCAGGAGGGAAAUGGAAUUCUGUUCUGUAACAAGAAACAUAAGGCUUCCCCUGAAACUGGUAAUUUUCUUCCCCGUUGAUCCCACAGAUUCUGACUGGGCUGCAGUUUUUUUACCUUCAUCCUACCCAGUUAAACACUAAAGACGGAGACAGCAUGUUUUUCUGAAAUGUCGAUAUCCACCUACAAAACAGCAUGGUAUCACAGCUUGAAAGAUCACAGUCUUCAAUAGUUGCCACUGUGUACAGUGUUAGUUGCCAUUUUAGGUGUUGUGGAUGCACCAGGAUUGAUAAAAUUUGACCCAGGAUUUUUUCUUCAAAUAUCUUACGAUUGAUGCAGCAAAAUAACUUUAGCCAUUCUUUAAGCUACUCGUGCUCUUUCUGAACUUCAAGUAUGAUGUUGAUACUAACAGCAUGUAAUGAAGUUUUCUUGAUGAUUCAUACACCAAUUCUCUUGCAUCCUGUAUAAGCUUAGCCUGUGUGUUGUUACAUUGAUUGCAGAUGCUGGUCUUACUUUGCACAUUUUCAUGUUCAGUGGCUUGUAGCGUUCAACCCCCAGAGACUUGACAAGAUUUUCAUGCCCUCUCAUACUUUGUUUAUAGAGAAAUUUAAUACUGAUAUAUCAUUUCACUGUGCUAGAAAUACAUGCAGAUGUCAUCUUCUUCCUCCCUUACAUGGGUGGCGAAGCUCUGGUCAGAUUUGAACUCCUUCUCCACCAUGUGUUAGUGCCUAUUAGCAUAGUGUCUGUAUGCAUUCACAUUUCUUUUCUGAAUGUAGAGAUUCAAAUUAAAUUUGGUAAUGAGAGACCUGACUUAAAUUUAUUGGAACAGAUUCAGUUUUACUGGGAGGGUUUACAGGAACGUUUACAGAUGUGUCUUUAAUAAGAUGAAUAUUCUUAGUUACUUUAGUUUUCUUCAUAUGCGCUUUUACUUUUUAGGUUAUGACUGUCAGGUGCAUACAUGUUCAUGAAAUUGUAAGAAUUAAUUUGGUUAUUGCUGUUUCCUCACAACAUAAUAAUUGUUAAAUGUAAACAUUGACUAAAUACACAUUGAUAAGUGUAAAGAUAUGUUAUUCUUCCCAGGUUGCUUUUAGUGUGUUAAGUGCAUAUAUGUAACCUCUGGUGCCUUCAAUCUAUAAAAUUAAUUAAUGUGGAGUACAUAAUGUGUUAUAUGCAGUUUCAGAUAUACGAAGGUUGUUUAAUAGGCAAAGUUCCCCAUGUCAUACAAAUUGAAUGAGAAAUCGUUACAAGGUUAAAUGUCACUCAUUUAUUCCACUGUACUAUCGUCGUCGUUCAAGAAAGUCCCUGAGCACAUGAAUGCAUUUUUCUAUCUUUUCAAGAGGUCGAAAGGUUUGCUUUAGUGGGGUUUCUCUCUAUUUGUGAAUUUUUUAUUUUCUUCACAUGUAACUAUUGUUAUAUCUUGUAGUAAUUACAAAUUAUAUUUCAUCAAGAAAU